AUGAUGGGCCCAAGGAAGCCCUGGGCUGUGGAGGUGGGGCUGGCGGAUGGCAGUGGACACUGUGCUGGAAGAGUGGAGGUGAAGCACCAGGGCAAGUGGGGGACCAUGUGUGAUGACUACUGGGGCAUGAACAAUGCUGCAGUGGUCUGUAAGCAGCUGGACUGUGGCUCUGCUGUUGAAGCUCAUGGGGUAGGCUCUUUUGGGUGAGGAUCUGGCCCCAUUUGGAUGGAUGAUGUUGGCUGUAAUGGCAAUGAGUCUGCACUGUCUGAACACGGAGGAUGGGGUGAACAUGACUGUGGUGAUGGUGAGAACGCUGGAGUGACAUGUUCAGAAUUUGUCCAGCUGGUGGAAGCGCAGAGCCAGUGCUCGGGACGUGUGGAGACCCAAGAUGGGGGCCAGUGGAAAACUGUCUGUGACUGACACUUUGGUCCCAAAGCUGCUGAGGUGGUCUGCAGGGAGUUGCAGUGCGGCACAGCCAUGCCCAUCACCGAGGCAGCUUGCUCUGGAGAAGUUCUUCCUGUCUGGGACGGAGAGCUGCAGUGUGUGGGGAACGAAUCCCUCCUGACCUCCCGCCCCACGGGGUCCCCCGGGGAACAGCCCUGCACCCACACGAAGAGUGCUGUUGUCACCUGCACACAGUACACAGGGUUCAGGCUGGCGAACGGCAGCACGACAUGUGCAGGGAGAGUGGAGGUCCAGGUGCUGGGGACCUGGGGGACCCUGUGUGCCUUGCACUGGGAUCUCUUGGAUGCCCACGUUCUCUGUCAUCAACUCAACUGUGGGUUUGCUGAGUCCAUUCCUGGUGGAGAGCAUUUUGGGAGAGGAAGCAGACCUGUCUGGAGAGACUCAUUCCAGUGUGACGGGACUGAAACCCACCUGAGACAGCGCCCAGUUGUUGCCCUGGGGGCCUCGUUGUGCUCCCAUGGGGACAAUGCUGCUGUCAUUUGCUCAGGCUCAGCCAGCUUUGCAUCCCUGCAGCUGGUGGAUGGAGGGAGCCGGUGUGAUGGGCGACUGGAGAUCUACUACCAGGGCAGCUGGGGGACCUUCUGCGAUGACGGCUGGGACCUGUCUAACGCUGCCAUCUUCUGCCACCAGCUGGGCUGCGGAGGGGCAGUGGAGGCCGUUGGCUCUGCUCGGUUCGGAGAAGGCUUUGAGCAGAUCUGGCUGGAUGGAGUGAACUGCUCCGGGGCCAAAGCUGCUCUCUGGGACUGCCCGGCAGGGUCCUGGGGGCAGCACGACUGCGGGCACAAAGAGGAUGCGGGAGUUGUCUGCUCAGAGUUCGUGGCCCUGAGGCUGGAGAACAGCGACGGCUGCUCCAGGCGCCUGCAGAUUUUCUACAACGGGACAUGGGGGAGUGUUUGCUCCAGCUCGAUGACUCUUGACACGGUGUCGCCGGCAUGCAAGGAGCUGGGCUGCAGGGAUGGAGGAUCCCUGGAAAGAGGUCUGCUCUACAGCAGGGUGUCUGGCCCUGCCUGGCUGGGUAAUGUGCAGUGUGGGGAAAAAAACAGCUCCUUCUGGCAGUGUCCCUCCACUCCCUGGGACCCGCAGUCAUGUGAAGACCUACGAGACGAGAUCCACAUCACCUGCAAUGACAGGGAGAAGAUUCGUGCUGUGGGAGGUGAGGACGGAUGCUUGGGCAGAGUGGACGUCUGGCACCGUGGAUGCUGGGGGACAGUGUGCAACAAGUCCUGGGACGUGCAGGAUGCUGAGGUGGCAUGCAGGCAGCUGGGCUGCGGCCCUGCAGUAUCUGCCCUGCAUGAGGCUGCCUUUGGGAUGGGGAUGGGCUGGAGGAAGUGCCAGGGGAUGGAAUCAUUUCUGCAGGACUUCUGGGCCUGGCCUGGGGAUGACUGUGUUUGUCAGCAUAAGGAAGACACUGCUGUGUGCUGCUCAGACAUCAACUCUCCGAUAGUUCGUCAUUUUAAUACAAACGCUUUGUUUGAAGCAACAAUCAAGGCCCCAGUAUUGAUUCGAGAUCCUGAAACAGAAAGAGGCACCCGAUGGAUUCCAGCGAAAAGCAUGCGGCCUUUCCGUGAAUUGUUGCCACAACCGUCUGAGGACAAAUCGGAUCGCACCCAGGACCAACCUUCAGAGCAGCAAGUCGGUGACCCUCCUCAAGAGGACCGGGACAAUCAGGACGGUUGA